AUGAGCCAGUCGCCACUUCGAUCAGGCUUCGAGCGUCCGCCCCCCGAUGCAGCGGGUAUGGUAUCGUCGAUGACUCAUAAAGGCACAAAGGAGACGAGAGCAGCCGAGGCGCUCGCCAUGAAGGAUGAGCAGAUGAAAAUUCUGAGUAGUCAAAACGCCCAACUAUUGACUUCGCUUAAUGCAAUGGACGACGAGAUUGGCACGUUGAAGAUGAACAAGCUCAGGCUCGAAGAAGAGAACCGCAGUCUUCGUGACCAGAACUUCGAGCUGCAAAGCAAAGCUCGUGCGGCUGAAACUACACUCAUUAAAGCGCAGACCGGAAUUGAGGAGCGCGAAACUCAAGUGAGGGUGCUGACCGACCACAAUACUGAGCUUUUGCGUCUCCUAGAGCACGAGGAAGCGCAGAGCUCGUCUUUAGCUUCAAGGACAGCCCAACUCAAGUCGGAUCUCGAGACAUUGGAGACGCGUUAUGCUUCUCUGUUGGCAUCUGCCAAGACUCACGAAGAGAUUGCCACUCGAGCUACUCGUGAAGGUCAGAUGCGAGCUGAAGAAGUGCGUUUGCUGCGGAACGAGAGCGACCAGCUACGUGCUUGUAAUGUCGAGAUGAAGAUGAAGACACAAGUCGAGCUUGAAGCUUUACAAGAGCAACUCCGUGUACGCAAAGAGAAGCAGUACCAGCUUUUGGAGAAGCGUCAACAGCUUGAAGAAGCCAAGCGACAGAGUGACGAUCAACUCGCAUCCGCUGAAGACAAGGCCAGAAAGCUGCAUGCUCGCAACCAGGAGCUUGAGACGCAGGUCCAACUUGAAGCCAAAGCCAAACGCGCACAGAUUGACGCCAACAAGAACUUUUUCAUCGAGAAUGGCAACCUGCAACGUGACAAGCUCGAGUUACAGACUCGCUUCGAUAAGGCUGAACAGGAGCGCUCUCGUAUGGAAGCUGAGAACCGCGACUCUGCUGAUCAACUACGAGAAAUGGCUGAAAAAGUCUUCCAACUUCUGGAACGUCUUAAACUGGCUGAACUGGGGAAGACGAAAGCCAUCGACGGACUCAAACAGAAGGAGAUUGAGCUGCUUGCUCUAAAGAAGAAGAACGCUCGACUGCUUAAAGAAGGCACUCAAGAAGGCAAAGCACGCGUCAAGUCCGAACUGGACAAGAAAGUGCUGCUGGAACAACUUCAAGCCCUUAAGAAACACAACGCGCAAUUGUCGUUGCGCUGUAGUGACGAAGUGAAGGCGAAACUCAAGGAAGCAGAUGAGCGUAAGCAACUCGACGAGAAGAUCAAGACCAUGAGUUCACGUGUGGCCUUCCUGCUCAACAAGAUGCAAGCGGAUGAAGAAGCCAAAAUCGUGAGCAAGGAAGAGACGAAGAAGCUUCAAGCACAACUCACGACGUUGCAGGAGAAAGGAGCGGAACUCGCACACAAACUCCACUCGACUGCUGAGAGUAACCGUGUGGUCGCAGAAGCUCUUCGUUGUAAACAGGACGAACUGGACGCACAAGCAAUCAAGUUUGAAGCUACCCAGAAGAAGAUGGCGGAGAUGGCGUUGGCUAUGGAGCAGUCGGGCGUCCCAAUGACCACAGGAAUCGAUGGAGAUAACCAGCAAGGGCAUCAGAGAGAAGCGACACAUCCAGACGACGCAGCCGCAGCAGCCAACGGCCGGUUCUUCGUCGAGUGUCGAGCUUUCCACGGUGGUCUGCUACUCAUCAAAGCCAGACGCGCUAACUUCACACCGAAAGCUCAGCAGCGAUCCAUCGAUUUUCUCGAACGAAUGGGAGUCAACACGUUCCUCAAACGAGCUCAGAAGAGUCUCAACACCAAGCAGCUCCUUGUCGAACGCAUCGCAGCUCUUCUCACCACUAUAAUCUCCAGCGAAGACGUCCUAGCUGAUGUCAAGGAGCAGCUAGCAGCGAAAAACGAUCAGAUCGGACACUUGUCGCGCAAAACUCGCUGGAUGCAGGAACGAUUGACCACUGAAGAAGACGCAAAGCGGAAAACCUUGCUGCGGUACGUGCAUGAAGUCAAGUCUCGCGCUCUGACCGUGUCCACGGAGUUAAAUGACGAGCGCAAUGGUGGCAUCCUGAAGCUUCCUGAGAGCGGAGUGGGGGACGAAGAAGUGCACGCCAUCGCUGCUCUCUUGCGUAGUGCCACCAAUGUCCGUGAGCUUCAGUUGCGAGGGAACGCGAUCUCCAGUGAAGGGGCACGAGCCAUUGCUGCCGUGCUGAGUAUUUCAUCCUGUCGCUUGCGUCAAGUCGACUUAAGGAAUAACCAGAUCGGCAAAGAUGGCAUCAAGGUGCUGGCUGAGGCAUUGGAACGGAACGAGCGUAUCAAGCACGUGUACGUUCAUGCUGGUGGAAAGAUCGAGGCACUCGGUACCACAUCUCCAGCGUCUCAGGCUGCCAUUGUGAACGCACAGAUCUCCAGUACUGCAGCGUUGGGGAGUUCAGGCUCAACACAUGCGUCGCUAAUUGGCGUCGAGACAGUCUGCGUCGUGGACGUUCGAGAACAGACGGACGUAGACACCAGCAGUGCUUGCACGAGUCUUCUUGUUGACUUCACGGACGAUCCACGAUCGUCUAUGGCCUCUGUAAACGAUCGGGACAGUAGCAACCGGCUCUUCUUGCGGCGUCCGUUAUCUGCGGCUGCGUUGAAGCGCCAGCGUGAACGAGUUGCCCUGGAACGCAAAAAACGACAAGAAGAAGCUAAGCGUCAAGCUCGUAAAGAAGCGGAGUGGGCUGGUCGAUCCGGUGGGAUGGAGUCCAGUCCUUCACAUGCUUCGUGUAGCAAGAAGUUGCCGCCGAUUUCGACAAAUAGCAGCGGCAAAAGCGUGACACGGAUAAGCUCAGCACCUGUACUUCACAAGAAUAAAGAGGAGCAUGGCGCGGAGGCAGGCGAUCCAGCCGAGAGCUGACAGCAUCAUGUCAAUUCAGUCCUUUGUGUUGUGUUUCGCCCCCUAUACAAUCAACAGUUCUGCGGGCGUAUGUAUUCAUCUUUUCAAUGUUAUUGCCAUGGAACACCCCACGUACCCAUCGUGUAGACACCGCAGAUUAUCAACUCUUUUCGCUAUACAGUGAAGUCUGUGGCAGCGUCUCUCUCGCGUUCUCUCUCACGAGCCUUGAGCAUUAGACGCUGUAGAAUCAACAGAUUUGCACGUCCUGUUCGCCGCUCCGAUAGAGUCAACAGGUUAUCGUUCUCCUGCGACAUAAAUUGUAACAGUCGCGAUACUGUCGCGUUAGCCUCGCUUGCCGUAAGCACCGGGAGAUCAUCCACCUUGAUACUGUCCAGCACCAAAGCCCUCUGCGUGUCACGGAGUAGUCCUUGUGCAGCUAAACUUUCCACGACGAUAUCAUUGUCUUUGACAAGCUCGUCUGCUCCGUUAGACUCGGACUUGUCGAAAU